AUUUAAUUGAUUUCUUUUUGACUUUUCAUUCCGAUAACAAUUAAAUUCAUAAUACAUGUUAUGAGUAAUUGUGAUUAACUUUUGAUUGUUGUUUUGCUUCAUCAUGAUGAGAGGUGAGAGUGAAUCAACAUUCAAUUGUAAUUAUCAUCUCAUCGGCUGUUUAGAAAUUGAAUUUCACUCUUAAUUACAAUCAAGAUUUGUAUCAUCAACAUCAAAUCUUUUACCUUUUAAACUUAACAAUUAACUUUACAAUUGAUUAUCUUUACAAUAUGCUCAUCUUUACCUUUCUAAUUGUUUCCAUGUUCCUACCUGGAAUUUAUUCAAUUAGAUGUUAUCAAUGUGAAUAUCAUCGAUGUCCAACAUUAUCUAAUUGUCGAGAAGUUCGUGAUAUUUGUACAGUUAACAAUUUCCAACGUUGGGAUGUCCGACAAGUUGAAUGUCCAGGUCCAUGUGAGACACAUUUAGUUAGUGAUCCGAAUGGUAAAGUGAUUAAAUGGCAUCGAGGUUGUUCAACUCAAGCAAUGCCGACCAGAGGUUCGUCCGUUAACAUUUGUGAGACCAUUUAUCGAGUCGGAAUUAAGGAAGACAUUUGUACCUGUUCAGGUCAUUUAUGUAACUCCUCAUCUAACCUACGAUUACAAUUAACUGUAAUUUCACUAAUUACAAUCACUCGAUAUUUAUUACUGACGUGAUCAACUAAUUUCUAACCAAGAAACUCAAUCAAGUGUCUCCAUGUUUCCUCCUGGAUCUCAACCAAUUCCAUAAGAAUUAAUCUAUAAAUUUUUUUAUCCGAACAAUUUGUUAAUUGUUCAUACCAAUUGUAAUUCAUCUCAACAAAAUGCUUGCCCAAGUCACUUUAAUUAACAAGGAAGUUAACCAACAAUGAUAAAGCAUUUAACUAUA